CUCAUGUCAGACCACCCAGAUUGUCUUCAGUUCACACUCUCCUCCCACCCUGAGGCUGUACUCAGCAGAAUGAACAUUCUGAGAGAGGAGAGGCACUUCUGUGACAUCACUCUCCUGCUGGGGGGUCCUGUGGGUGCUACUGAACACCCCUACUGUUUUCAUGGUCACAAAGUAGUGUUGGCUGCAGCUUCCGACUUUUUCCGGGACCAGUUCUUACUUCACGACGGUCAGGCUGAGCUGGCUGUCAGCAUGAUUACCAAUGUUGAAGUGGCAAGAAAGUUAUUGCUGUCCUGCUAUACUGGACACUUAGAGGUCCCUCGAUGUGAACUGGUGACAUACCUCACAAUAGCCAGUGCUCUGCAAAUGAGUCCUGUGGUGGAAAAGUGUGCUCAAGCCAUUUCUCUUUACUUCAUCCCCACCUUGAAGAAUACUUCAAAGGCAGAGGAAAUCCAGCAGACCCAGGGUGCCAACACUACUUUUAACCAGCCAGAGAACACUCACCCUCAACAACAAAUGAGAGAAGAGGAUUAUGAAAAUGAAAAAAAGGUAUUGGAAUUAGAAAGUAAAAUAACGACCAAUGACAUUUCAAACCCUGUAGGCCUUUCCCAUAAUGUUGAAAUUGGUACUCUUGAAUGUAAACUACGCAGUGCUGCAAAUUGCUCCACAUCAUCAGACAGAGACCGAGAAAGUCCUGACAAUGAAGGAAGAGAGUUGGAGAGUUUGCAAAAAGAAGAGGAUGGAAAAAGAGAACUGAAUGAUACAGUUUAUUACAAGCAGCCUCUGGUAGAACUUGAGAUUGCUAUUUCUAAAGAUGUUCUGACGCAGAAUACAGUAAAAAGUCCUAAAAGUCCCAACUUACUUCCAAAGUCAUAUCUAUGCCAAGAAUGUGACCAUGUGUUCCAGCACAUGGAUAACUAUGUACAGCACAUAAAAGACCACCAUUAUCACCAGUGUUUAGUUUGUGAGAAGAACCUUCCCCAAAAGAAUGCUUUGUCUCGCCAAGUCCAUGUGAAGCCUUACAGAUGUCCACUGUGUCAUGGCACGUUCCCUGACAAAGCGUCUCUGCAAUACCACAUUCAUUUUCACAUAGGCUACAAGCCACACAAAUGUAGCUACUGCACCGAGCAAUUCAAUCUCAAACAAGGCCUGAGGCGCCAUCUAAAGGACACUCAUUGGAAAAGCAAUUUGGAAAAUGUUCUUGAAGAGGCUGAUGGAUAA